AUGGGCUUUAAAGAUGUUAAGAAAAUGGUGAAGAGUUUAGUACAAAUAGCUCUUAAAAAUGCAAAGUUAAAAAAGGAGGACAAGAAAUCUGAAAAUCCCCCACCAAACAUUCCUCAAGAAUUGGUUGAUGUUAAAAUUCCACAAGUGAUAGAAAUAGUUCCUGAUGUUAUCACUCCGAAUAAUGAUACUUUUCCUAAAGGAGUUUCUUACAUAUCUGUUGAUGAAUUAAACCAUAUGAGUACACCUAAUUUUGAAAAAAUCGAUCCCAAGGAUUUCUCUAAACACAAAUUAAUUCACAAGAAGGACCCCACUCCGGCUCAAUGUCACAUGUGCCAAAAAGAGUUUAGUAAUGCAGCGCGCCUCAAGGUGCACAUAAAAACUGUACAUGAAAAGCUGAGGCCCUUUAAAUGUGGCCACUGCGAAUAUACUGCCCCCAGAAGGACUGAGCUAAAGUUGCAUGUACGGUCACACACAGGAGACAAACCGUACGCGUGCAACAAGUGCGCGUAUCGCUCGGCCGACCACAAUGCUAUGCGCCGCCACAAGAAGUUACAUUCCAAAGAGGGCGUCUACAAAUGCAAGCACUGCCCAUAUACGGCCAUCCAGUCCACGAUAUUCACGUCGCACGUGGUCUCCAAGCACCCCAACGUGUGCUCCGACGACGUGCACUGCUGCUCCUUCUGCCCCUUCAAGUCGGUUAGUAAGGAAAAGUACGUGGCGCACAUGGUCACGCACAGGGACACGACCAGCAAGCCGAGCUGGACGAUCCCGAGCGAUGCGAGCAAGGCAGAAGACAAGCCGAAACUGCCAGAGCAAAGCGCAAAUCCCCCUCCCAAGACGGUGAAUGCGAUACCUAUAGAGGUGUUCGACUGCGACGGCUUGUCUGAGAGCAUCCCGCAAGAGUACUCUAAGAAGUACAGCAAAACGCCGAGCGACGGCGCACAGGCGAAAGCGUACAGCGGCUGCGUUAUAGUCACGGAUUUAAGCAAAGACGACAACAAUUCCGAUUGCCUGCUGUCCGAAGACUCCAACGGCAACCUGAUGACGCGACACCAAUACAACGCGCAGCGCCCCCUACAAUUGACGUAUGAUGCCGACCAGUCUAACCUGCACGAGUUUUUGGGCACGUCUGGGUCGAUAGAGCAGAGUCUACUGCAGAGCGGAAGCGUAAACUCCCUCGCGUCGGGCGAAAUUGCGGGAGGCAUCAGCAACAACAUCAUGGCCAACUUACCCAUCCGUCUGCCGCCCGCACCGUUGAUAUCCGUGCGGAACAACAUUAUGCUGAAGCCGGUCGACAAAAUCUCGAUGCCGAUGACGAAAGUCAUCGGGCCCAUAAUCAAACCGACGCAGAUCCUGCCCGUGCCAUCGUCCAGUCAUUCACCAAUCAACUUGGGCAACGAGACGGACGGCGCAACGAAGAAGAAGGCGAAGAUAUCCGUGAAGAGCAACUUGAUCCUCAAGGGCCCGGAUCAGGUUAACAUGUUCCAUUCGCAGCAGAAGAUGGCCUUCAAAAGACUGGAGGACAACGAGAGAUUCGGACUGGGUGGUCCGGUGACCUUCAACAACCUGAUAACCACGCAGUUCAUGCAGUUGCAACCGGAAUCGGUGCUGAGCGAGUCGCCCGACGCCAUCUUGACCUACCCGCAGGAGGGCAUGCUAGUGGAGGCCGCAACAACGCCCGUCGACGGCGAACUGAGCGGGGACCCGCAGAUGUUCACGUUCAACCAGCAGCUGAACGCGAACUCGAUGGCGAUGCUGCCGCCCGCGCAGAAGAUCCAGACCAACGACCCGAGCUACAUAAAACUGGAGUCCACGAUCAAGCAGAACACCCAGUCGCCCCUCUUGCAGGGCAUGUGCGACGCGCUCGGCACCCAGGCCAUCAGCAGGGAGUACAAGGCGUCGCCGCCCCUCGAGGACCUCCACCGGAGCAUGAGCGAGAUCAAGAACGAAGUCAAAUCGGACUCGUUCUACAGCAUGGUGCUCGACGACACCACGACCAACCCCUCCAUCAUCGACCAGUACCUGAUGGACAACAUAAUGGGCGAGCCGUACGCCUCACACAUGGACCUGUCGACGGUCGUGCUGCCCGACGUAGAUUGCCAGUCCAACGACGUGAUCGAAAUAGACGACACGUCCGACGACAACAAGCUGCUGCCCCGCUUCGACAUGAACUUCCCGCUGGAGUCGCUCUACCUGAUGCACAACGACUUCCACUUCCUGGACGGGGAGCCCAUGGCGUCGACGGGCGGGCCGGAGGCGCAGGCGAACGAGAUGGGCCGGCUGGCCGGUGACGUCACAUUGCAAAAGGAACCGGCGGAGGUCGCGCUCCAGGAGCCAGCCAACGAGUUCCAGAACUUCGUUCAGGGGAAGAAGGAUCCCAUGAUGAACACUUCGGUCAGGCCGACCACGAAUAAAAUUAACGUUAAGAAUAUAGAGCUAAUGAAAAAC